AUGGCCGCAUGUGCCUACAUCGUACAAAAGGGAAUAUCCGAACUGCUGGCUGGAAAAUGUAAGCUGCCACGUCUAAAAGGCAAACCCACUAUACCGAAGAUUCGAAAGAAAAUAUCCAUAACCAGUGUCCAUGUUCUCACCUAUUCGGAAAUUGCGUUGAGUUGGAUCAGAAGCACAGCCAAAGGAGAAUCAGCUGGAGUCUUUGUGAACAAUCGCAGAAGAGAAGUCCAUCAGCUCGUCAAGGAUAUGCCAGUUGCGGUAACGUUCGGCUCUGUGAAAACAUCCGAGAAUCCCGCCGACAGUGCCAAAAGGGGCAUGCGAAAAGAAGAGUUCAAGCGACACCUCUGGUGGAAAGGCCCGAGCUUCAUUACCAAACCACCCACGGAUUGGGACAAAGAACCUAGUCGACUGGAAGCGGCACAAAAGCUUAGCAUCAUGCAAAAGUACGAUAGCUUUCGCGCUCCGGUUCAUCAAAGGGAUGACAACAGAGCCGUACGUGACAGCGAAAGAAAGAGAAAUGGCGUCGAAGGUACUUGUCAAGAAUCAUCAACGCGUUCAUGUUACCGAUCCCAGGAAGCGAGUUUUGAAGCAGUUGAAACUACACCUCGACGAAAGUGGAAUCUUGCGGCGCAGAGACGCCCUGAAAAAACAAAUCUAAGCUAUGAUGUACGGCAGCCAAUCCUUAUCGAAACCAAAACGGACCUCGUCAGAAUGAUCGUCCAAGAAGCCCACACAGGACUCCACUGCGGCAUUGCGCAUACAACGGCAAACGUGAGGCAGAAUUAUUGGAUUCCAAAGUUGCGGCAGCUAACACGAAGUGUCAUCCGGAAGUGCCUCCCGUAUCAGGAGUUUAACAACUUUCCCUUCGUCUACCCCGACAUGCAGGAUGUUCCAGAAUGCAGAAUCCGAAGAACCCGACCAUUUGAGCACAUCGGGAUUGACUUUUUCGGACCACUAGCAGCCAAAGAGAACGUGGUUGCGAUAAAAGUUUAUGGCAUCAUCAUGACCUGUGCCACUACACACCUACUUCAUUUUGAACUGGCGGGAGACAUGUCAACAACGGCGGUGUUACACGCAUUGAGGAGAUUUUUUGCGCGAAGAGGAGUUCCAUCCAUGAUAAUCUCCGAUAACGGACCAUCGUUCCUGCUUGGGAACGAUAUUCUGAAGGCAGCCACUACCUCUAUUCCCAAUGACGUCUCGCUCGCGAAAACAAUGGCCACGAAAGGGAUUGUAUGGAAGACAAUAACGCCCUACGUUCCCUGGCAGGGAGCUUUUUACGAGAGACUUAUUAAAUCAGUGAAGCAAUCUCUUUACAAAACCACGUCUUGGAAAACGUCACGUCGAAUGGACACGUUUUGGACAAAGAAGCCGCUGACCUACCAAGAAGAACAGUGGGAGGAUACCCCAAUGCUCCUCCGUCCAAUCGAUUUCAUACAAAGAGAGAUGAUCGUCACAUAUCCACUGGAGUACGCACGAGACAGUUCCGAUGACAAAGAAUACCUCCCUAGUGAAGAAAUCUACGCACUCGUCGCCAAACCCAAGAAGCCUUGA